AUGACGAACAAACGCCGGUCGUUGAAGCCAGGGGUGAGCGUCGCCACGGUGACACUCUUCGACGCCGAAACCGAAGACAUUGAUGUGGUGGCCAUGCAAUUUCAUGUCUUACGUCUCGCAAAAGCCGGCAUCAACAGCGUUACCAUCGCUGGGUCGAACGGCGAAGGGGCGCAUCUCACCUAUAAGGAAAGGACGCUCUUGAUCAGCGCCAUCCGCGAGGUUCUGGACGGAUCUGGCUUUCGAGAGUUGCCAACAAUCGUCAAUUGCUCAGCGCAAUCUGUGCGAGAGGUGGUGGACCUGUGCCGCCAGGCUGACCAGGCUGGGGCGGACUAUGCUUUGAUCUUGCCACCCAGUUACUUUAGCGGGGCAUACACUCGUCAAUGCCUCUCAAACUUCUUCACCGAUGUGGCGUCCGAGUCGCCGAUUCCUGUGAUACUGUACAACUAUCCCCCGGUCGUGGGGGGCACCGAUCUCGACUCCGACCUCAUCAUCGACCUUUCUAGCCAUCCCAAUAUCGUUGGAUGCAAAUUCACUUGUGCGAACUUGGGCAAGAUCAAUCGUGUCGCCACCAAGGUAGAUGCAACAACGUCGAAGCAUAACGGAUCGGGGUUUUAUGCCAUGGCUGGUCUCGCCGACUGUAUCGUCCCAACGCUGGCGGCGGGUGGCACGGGGGUGAUAGUUGGGCUAGGCAACGUUCUACCAAAAUCAUGUGUCAAAGUGUUCGACCUAUACGAGGCUGGCAAGUUUGAUGAGGCUCAGAAGCUGCAGCGACUACUCUCCGCAGCAGAUUGGACUCUCGUGGCGGGAGGAGUCACUAGUGUAAAGAGUGUGCUGGAGUCAUAUUUCAACUAUGGAGGACAGCCCCGACGCCCGCUGCCGAGGGCCGAGAAGGACGCGAAAGAGAGAUGGGCCAUUGCUCUUAAAGCUGCCGUUGAGUACGAAAACGGCAUUCAGGUGUGA